CCGGGUUUCUGUUGGAAUGGCAAUUCUCUUGCACAGAAGGCUAAGCCUUUUAACUUGGAGUUGAGCCCACACACAGUUUCACGAUGUCCAGUCAGGACGAGGACCCGCUCGCUAAAGGUGCCACAAACAGUGGCCCCAAGCAGGAUCCAAGCGCCGCUGAACGCAACAAGCUUCGCAAGCAAAGUCUCAUGAAGAGCCUCGAGAGUUUGGAGGCCUCGCCAGACGGUAGCCCUUUGCUGGCGCCACUGGCAGAGAAGAAUGAGGAAGGGGAGGAUGAUGUCAUCGGGGAUUUGCCGUUCAGACGGGCAAUGUCUCCACAAGUCGAGGAUUUGGGCAACCAAUUGACCAGGGAGGCGGCAUCCCAUGACUUGCUGAGCACUUCAAUGCCACUAGACUUCUUGCAACGGCAAGCCAGUCCUGAAGACAGAAGCUCUGAACCAUUCGGAAGUCGGAGCUCGAGCAAAGAAUCAGAGAGCCAUUUCUCUGUGUCAUCAAGACCUACUGACAGAGGCAGAAGCAAGGAGCUUUUGAAGAAGGGAAGUACUGCUGCUGGAAGUGGCACCACAGUGCGCCGACUAGAUCGAGAGGAACUCGAGCGUCUAGGUCAAGAGAUAAAGGACAUCCGGUCGACGUACGAGGACAAGUUUGUUGAGAAAAUGGACUACUUAUCUUUACUCUCACGAAUGGCCAGGGUGGAAGAGUCUCUUGAGGAACAGCUUGGGCAAGGAGGCACUGUGACAUCAAUGCUUGGCAAUCUCACAAAAGAAAGCAGGAUGCAUAUGGCGGACAGCCACAAGCUGCGCAGAGAGCUGGAGGAGAUUAGCAAAGCAACAGUGGAGAACACUUCUCGAAUCCGUGACGAAUCUCAUCGCGUGGAAAAUGCUGCUAGCCAUGCGUUUCGCACAGCCAAGCAUUUGGAACAGGUAAGCAAAGAUUUCUCCGUGACAAAGGAGGCGAUGCUUCACCCAGUGCUGACAGAGGUCUUCCGAGAAGAUGUCUCACGGAUGGCCAAAGCGGUACAGGUCCUGGCCAACGAGUUCAGUAUGUUUGAGCAGGAAAAUCUAGAGUCCGAUCAGCAAAAGGCGGAGCAGAUCCGCAGCGCAAGUGAUGCAAUCAAAGAGUUGCAAGAGCAGAUUGGACGGCAUGAAAUUAAAGGUUCUACAAUGGAGGGUGGCUUGGAACACAUCAAGCAGGAAGUGGACUUAUGUGCAAAGCAGGUUGGCUUAAAGAAACUUGAAAGAACAAUCAUGGAUAUGCAAGAAGAAAGUGCCAGGCUACGAGAAGUUGUUCACGAGAAGUUCUUCCAAAUACAGGACCAAGAAAGAAGAGAGGUGAUGGCGGCCUUUGCUGCAAGAUGGGACCCGUACAACAAGACAAGAUUGCUGCGGAAAACCGUAGAUGGGUGGGUAGAGUUUCUCCGACGGCAGAAUAAAUCACGGGAGGCUUUAGCGCGUGUCAAGCAAGUCUACGCCAAGACGCAUGUGACAGCCCGUUUGAGAUCAUGGUGGUAUCUUAUGCAGCGGGACCAUACUGAUGGCCAAUUCAAGCGGCUUUCUGAGAACUUGGAAACUCAAGAGGCAAAGUUGGAAGGUGCCCGUGGAGCUUUACUGAGACAUGAGAAGGCCACCUCGGAGCAGGCUCGCAACCUUCAAUAUAGGGUGCUUGCGGUUGAGAAAGGUCUUGAAGCUGCAGAGAGGGAGAAGGCCACCAAGCAAGAGGUUACGGAGAGCCUUGGCGAGAUUGACCGUCGUUUGACUGAGGAGCUUUCCCUCAACCCUAUCAGGGAGGACAUUGUACACAUCAAAGAUUUGAUCCAGAAGCUGCAGGAUGACAAGAUGGAUGCAGUCGACGCAGAGGCGGAUCGGGACAAGGUGCAUGGAUUCUGUUCAGAGUUUCGAACCUGGCUUCAACGUCAUGACGAAUCAAUCAAGCGGAAGGCUGAGAUCUCCGAAAAUGACACAAAAGCUGAUGCCCGAACGAUCGAGCAGGUCUUGGUUCUAUUGGCAAAGCAGGCAGAUCAGCUAGCCACUGUGGUCGCGCACGAUUUUGACCAAUUACGGAAAGCAUUGACCAGGUUCCUCGAAAUUUCACCAGACUUUCGAAAGGCAUCUUUGGCAAUUGGAUUCGAGCCACAUGAGCAGUGUGUUGCUUGCCGAGCUUUGCCCCGCAAGUGUGCCAAUGAUGGCGCCACAGGCUCAGAUGGAGUUGUGUACAAACUGUCGAUGGAUACUUCUAUAUCGACUAUAGAAGAGACUCAGAAAAUGCUGGCGGAGAAACUCAGAUAUCCACUGAGUCUUGCAAGCAAUGCCUUUGCCGGAUGUGCACGCCCACUCAACAAUCGCGCGGAAGACACAGAUACAGUUUCAGAUCAGCAAUUACCACUGCUGCGGCAGAUCGUGCUCGCAGAGUCUGGUUGGCUUGCUGGAAAGGAGUCAUUGCCCGAUCGAAUAGCUUUCUCAAGGAAAUUGGUCCACACAGAGGCGCCUUCAUUACAGGAUGUGCCCAUCCCUGUCGCAACUCCCCGAAGCAAACGACGUCCGCCGAGUGCCCAGGAUGCUGGUCGAGACCGCCCACAGAGUGUGCGAUCGUAUUUCCCUGCAGUCGGAGGUCCCGGAGGUAGCGCUCAGAAGGCUCGGUGAUGUGUUCACAAAAUUUGUUAUUUCUUCGGAAGCCAUUGAACAUAAUUUUCUGCGAAAUUGCAGAAACCGAACUGAAAAAAACACAUUAAAUAUAUUAUAUAUAUAGUUAUAAAUAUCAAAUUUCUUGGAGGAACCUUAGUUUGAACAAUGCUGGUGUCAAUUGGUCAACACGGCCUCCCCUGGCAAGCAAUUGAGGGCAGUGAAUCGUAUCAACCCCACAAACAAACAUCUAUAAAAAUUGAAGAAUAGCAGUAGUAGUGGUGGCGAUAGUGGUGGUAGUGGUAGUGGUAGUUAGUAAUAGAAAUGGAAGUAGGAUGAUGAAUAGGAGAAAUAGGAAUAUAAUUCGAAAUUAUAUUGAUAUAUAUUGGUUGUAAUAUAAUAAUAUAUUAUUCUUAUUAUCGAAAGGAUAAUAAUUUUAAUUAUAUAAAAAUAUAUACAAAAUAUAUU